AUGCAGCAACAGUCGACACAAAAACCACUUAUCAACAAUAAGAUUUCCAGUAACAGUCUUCAGGAUGAGUUCUUGCGAGAUCCCAAGGAUUACACUAAAUUCUAUAGAUGUGUUGACGAAGUCAAAGGUGGUUUUACUCAAUACUCAUUUGCUUGUGUCGCGGGAACUGUGUGGGACUUACAAUCAAGUACCUAUAAUUAUCCUUACGCAGGAAACGUAACAGCUUGUGGAGGAACUGGUGGCACAGGAGGAAGAGGUUACCAGGGAACUGGUGGUAGUGGAGGUCAAGGUGGUUCAAGAGGUUCUCCAGGAGCUCCAGGUCAACCAGGCAGCGGUGGACAAGGUGGCGCUGGUGGCGAAGGUAGGCUUGUUAAGGAGGCGUUUGUGGAAUAG